AUGUUCGCUCUGGCUUUCUUGGCGCUGUCAACCGCUGCCUCUGCGCAGGCCAUCACUGAGAUCAAGCUUCUGAGCUCGGCCCAGCUCAACAUCGAUCUCUGCGUCACGCUCAUCAACACAACCCAGGCCUCCACCGGCGGCUUCGGCGGCAUCCGCGGCACCGGGUUCUGCCCGACCAACAAGGCCAUCCUCUCCUUCUUGGGCCAGCUGGGCUGCAAGGGGUCCUGCGCCAAGAACCCCACGGCUUUCAUCACCAGCAACACGCAGCUGCUGCCCUUCAUCCAGCGCGUCUUCUCCUUCCACCAGCUGGCGGGCCCGGCCGUCAUCUUCGGCAGCGAGUUUGACCUCAUCACCAAGACCGCCCCCGCCGCCGUGUUCAACACUUCCCUCGUCGACGUCCCUGGCACGCCUGCGGCCCAGCUGUCGAUCGGCCUCAGGAACAUCAACUCGCUCUCGCUCAGCGGCAUCACCAACCUCGUGUCCCCGUUGGACGGCGGCAACAAGGCCACCUCCACCUACCUCAACGCCGCGAUCAACAAGAUCCCCGCGGGCGCCGGCGUGGGCGGCACCCCUGUGGCCGUCAUCCAUGCGAUUAACAAGGUGCUGAUCCCCCCGAACACGUACUACACCACCAAGAAAGCCCUGGCCGCCUUCUCUAACAAGAAGGUCACCACCGCCUUCCCCGGCAUCACCUUUGCCAAGUUCCUGAGCAAGUGGGUCAACGCCGCCCCCAAGGCCUCUGGGUUUGAUGUCGCGACCACCGCGAUCAGCCUGUUUGCGUCCACCGACGCCGCCUGGAACACCCUUGCGACCACUGGCCUGGGCCCGAUCACGAGCCUCGAGGUCAUCACCAAGGGCAGCAACGCCAAGAACCAGCAGCAGGCGCUCCUGAAGUACGCCGUGACCCCCAACUCGAACUGGGCCUCCAAGGUGCCCUCCAGCUUCGGCGGCGGCCUCAGCUGGUCUAACACCUUUGGCGGCGUGAAGCUCGGCCUGCUGGGCCCCGCCUACUCCACCAGCCUCACCAACACCAACAUCACCCUCAGCGCCCCCGGCCAGGACCUGCUGGUCCAGGGCUCCGCCAACCCCAACGCCACCGCCACCACCCGCGGCCUCACCCUCUUCGCUGGCGCCUCGACCAUCUUCGUCCUGCCCACCGUGCCUCUGGUGCCCUCCAGCACGGGCGUCUAA